CGCCAGCCGCCGGGCUACACGCGCGCGCGCCGCUCCGUGAACCCAAUCACACGUUUACAGUAAUGCUGUGUUUCGUUUAGGUGAUCGUGUCAAUUUUGGACUGAAGUUUUAAUACGAACCGACCAUGCCUGUAGCAACAGGAGGCAUCCGGGCCUUCCUCCGGGAGAACCUCCUCACAUUCCUGACUGUGAUCGGCGUGGUGGCGGGCACGCUCCUAGGAUGCGGGUUGCGGGCUUCGGGGCACGAGUUCACGCGGCGGGAGGUCAUGUACUUCCAGUACCCUGGAGAGCUGUUCCUGAGAAUGCUCAAGUGUCUAAUAGUCCCGUUGUUGGUGUCUUCUAUAGUGUCAGCUAUUGGCUCGCUAGAUUUGAGCCUAUCUGGCAGGGUCGGUCUCCGCGCGAUCAUUUACUACAUGACGACGACGGUGUGCGCCGUGAUGUUGGGCAUCGCGCUGGUCACCACCAUCAAGCCCGGGAUCAGCUCCUCCAACUACCAGCAGCCGAACACCACGAAUAAGGUGCUCACCAAGGACACGCUGACGUCCGACACGCUGCUGGAUCUCAUAAGAAACGUGUUCCCAGAGAACAUCGCUCAAGCAACGAUCGCGUCCUACAGAACUAAACUCACUUACGACGGAAUCGAAAAAGGAGCCAUUAAAGGCCACCCAGAGACAUACAAAAUCGACGGCGAGUAUCAGCCGGGCAGUAACGUGCUGGGGUUGGUGGCGUUCAGCAUCGUGCUCGGCAUCACGCUGGGCAAGAUGGGCGACCAGUCCAGACCGCUGCAGGACUUCUUUCAGUCCAUGUCGGAGGCCAUGAUGAUCAUCACUGGCUGGGUUAUUUGGAUCUCCCCCCUCGGCGUGUUCUUCUUAGUAACAGCCAAGAUCAUGGAGAUAGACUCGUUCUCGGACCUGGUGGGGCGGCUGGGCAUGUACUUCAUGACGGUGCUGCUGGGGCUGUUCCUGCACGGCUUCGGCACCCUCAGCAUUCUGUUCAUCCUGGCCACCAAGAAGCUGCCGUGUCGGUACAUCGCGAAGAUGGGGCAGGUCAUGGCCACUGCGUUUGGAACUGCUUCUAGCUCAGCAACCAUGCCGAUUACGAUAGGCUGUUGUGACGACAUGGGGCUGGACCCUCGCAUCACGCGCUUCGUGAUUCCCAUCGGCGCCACCAUCAACAUGGACGGCACGGCGCUCUAUGAAGCCGUGGCCGCCAUCUUCAUCGCGCAGCUGCGCAAGGUCGACAUGUCUUUCGGCAAGAUUAUUGCUGUGAGCGUGACGGCGACGGCGGCGAGCAUAGGCGCGGCGGGCAUUCCCCAGGCCGGGCUGGUCACCAUGGUCAUGGUGCUGGACACCGUCAACCUGCCCGCCGAGGACGUCUCCAUCAUUCUCGCGGUCGACUGGCUGCUUGACCGAUUCCGGACUACGAUCAACGUGGUGUGCGACGCGUUGGGCGCCAUCAUCGUGACGUCACUGUCGCAGGGCGACAUCGAGAAAACGCGCGCGCUGCAGAACGACCGCGAGGGCGCCAACACGCACGAACUCACCGAGCUGGAGAAGGGCGACCAUUGAACGCCCGUGGGGAAGCCAUUAUAUGCGCGCGAUUGACGUCUCCGAACCAACGUAGAUAUCUAAAGGCUCCAGUACACAGUGGUCAAGGAUGGUCCAUGCCAAGCCAUGCUUUGCAAUGCGCAACAGUAGGCAUAUAUCACGUAGGUGUUCACACAAUGGUGAAUAAAAAAAAAACAAAAAUAAAAAUCAAAAUUGCAGGCUCUGGUUGAUAUAAAUCUAUAAUAAACUGAUAAGUCUCUUCAUUGCUCCACAAUAAUGAGAUUUUGGGCUAUUAACAUUUAAUCAAGCGGUCAAAAAUUCAAGAAACUAAACAAACAAUGGCGACUGGGUGAACACCACAGGCCACGGUACGCCACGAUUCCUUUGAAGUGUGCCAAAAAACCGUCAACUCCCCGAUUGCUCACCACGGCUGACAACUGACGGCAGUCGUCCGCCAUUGCAUACCAUAGCCCCCUGUACACAACGGCCAGGGUGU